CUGUGUUUUCUCCGGAGGGGUUUAAAGCCGGUGCAGCGGUGAGGUGUGCCGUCUGUGUGUUGUUCACCAGGCAGGUCGGUUUAUCGUUUGGGACCGUGAUGCAGUGCGACUGGCCUCUGUUAGGUCCGCUGCAGUGGACAAGUUACGUCAACAAACAGGUGAGGGUGAAGGCGGGAAAAGAUGAAGAGCACCGCGGCUGGCUGCUCACCGUGGACCCGGUGUCGGCCAGUCUGGUCCUGGUGGACUUCGGGUUGCCGGGCAAGGCCUCAGUUCAGGUGGUGAUGGGUCACGCGGUGGAGGAGGUUCAGGUCCUGCAGGAGGCAGACCAGGAGACAACAGAGCGACUCCAGACCUCCUUCCUCCCCCCGACGCCCCGCAGGCUGGACCCUGAGGUCCUGACCACCACCAGGGUGCGGGUCCGGAGCUGGCUGGAGAAGAACCGGAUCCCUGUGGAGGAGGAGGGCGCGGAGCUUAGGGUGGCGGGGGUCCUGACUAUCACGGCCCCGUACGGACCUGACGACUGCUGCAGCUCCAACCAGAUCAUCUUAGACCGCAUCCAGAGACUGAUCCAGAACCAACCGGAUGCUCUAGAGACUGAACCAGAACCAACCGGAUCCCCCAAAGACUGAUCCAGAUUCUGAUCAAGGCUGACCCUGUAGGACUUGGAUUUCAAGUUGACCAAUCAGAUCCCUGCUCUGUGUCGAACCAAUCAGAGCGCUGCAGCAGCUUUGACUGACAGCUUGUCUGGGGUCAGUUUGGGUCAUUCAUGGCCCCGCCCCCUCCUGAUGUCAUCGGUGUAAAGGAAAUGAGAAAAUAAAUUGUUUUUUUUGUUCAGAUGU